UCUCGGCAGACAACGGGAGAAUUUCCUGUGUUGCACACCACGAUUGCGCAAGGCGAGAGUACGCCAUCAAAUCUCUCCCCGGCGCUGUCGAUUGCUCCAUCCUCCGCUCCGCCAGGGCGCACCACCGAGACUUCGCCCUCUCGUUUGAAUUCAGGGAUUUUUAUCGGGCUGCCAGAGACACCGGAGUCAAACCACCAGCACCGAAAUGCAUCCAGUGAGAGUGGUGAUUCCGUCGUUUCGCUCAGAGAACAACUCGAUCGAGAGAGGAUACACGGUCUUUAAAAUUGACGUGCUGAUGAAUGGCAGACAGCACACAGUUGAGAAACGCUACAGCGAAUUCCACGCUUUGCAUAAAAUGCUAAAGAAGAGCAUAAAGCCACCUGAGAUCCCUUCAAAACAUGUUAGAAACUGGGUUCCAAAAGUCCUGGAGCAGAGGAGGCAAGGCCUGGAGCUCUACCUGCAGACUAUAAUUAUGGAAAAUGAGGUUCUUCCAAAGAUAUUCCUGGAUUUCCUGAAUAUCCGCCACUUUCCUUCAGUGCCAAAAACAGAAAGCUGUGGGUCAUUCGAUACAGAAUCAGAAGAAUCAAGUAAACUUUCACACCAGCCCGUCAUGCUGUUUCUGAGAGACCCCUACCUGCUGCCAUCUGCACAUGAUGCAUGUUCUAAUGUUGUGAUUGAAGGUGUGAUACAUGGAGUUUUCUACCCAGAUCUUCAACCAAGGUAGAGCUGCAGAGCCGAAACUGAGCAAAUACCUCUACAAAAACGGAUGCUUCAUAUUUUCACGCCAUUUUAGGUGUGCAUCAGCAAGGACAUAACAUGUAAAGAUACACUGAGCCUGAUUUAUAUUUCUCAAAGCAUAUAACAAAAAUCCAGGCAUUUAAAAAAAGGUUGCCUAAUCUUUCAAUAAAUCGCUGGCACCACAUUUUAAAGCAUAAAAAACAUAAACUAUUGACCUUAAACCCAGUAACUUUUACAAAUUACCAUCAGUUGUUAUUAAGAGGCACAGUAUUGAACCGUGUUUCAGUGAAUUUGCCUGAUUCUCCUUAGAAAAUAUUUUAAGUUAACAAUUUUCUUCAGCUGCAUAAUUAACCUAUAUGUGAACCAGUUAGGCAGGUUAACUUAGAUGUUUUGAGACAUUACAUUCAAAAUAGUUAGGAAAAGAUAGCAUAAUCUGGAAUCUUAUUUUCAGGAAUUAUAGAGUUUAAAGCAUUGUAAUAAAUGAACUUAUAUUUUCCUUCUUUCUUAAGGAAGCAAUGAGUGAAAAAAACAUUUAGGAUAAAAACUGGGACUAUAUGAUGAUUAAAGUAGAGGAGACCUGGAGUGUCUUUUUUUUUUUUUGAGAGUUUAGUUAGUAAAUAGCAUAGCUUUUUUUAAUGGCACUGCAGGGCUGGGGAACCAGAAGGCAUUGCUAAUGUCUGUCAGGUUUGCCAGAGACAGAGAAGAGUUUUUGGUCUGUAAGGACAAAGCACAGGGCUGGAGAGUGGAGCUGGAACGUGGCCGGCGAACAGGGAGGUGCCACCACAUCGCUACCAUUGAUUUAGUUUUUGAAUCCGUUUUGAGCUGCCACAUGGAGCCAGCUGAGGGAGUGUAGCGGGACAACGUGGAUGAAUUUUUAAAGUUGGUGGAGUUGACAUCCAUGUGCCACAUGGUAGGGUGGAAAUGACUUGAGCUUUUUGUAGAGGUUAGGGCCAGCUAGGAACCCCUCUCUUGAGCAUGAGAUGCCUGUGAAUGGGUAUUGUAGUGUUGACAGUGGUGUUAGUGAGCUCUGCGGGGCUACUGGGCGAGCAGCUCAGUUUGAUCUGGUGAUGAGCUCGAGGUUUUGGGCACAGAGGCAAAUGCGGCGAAACCUGUGAGUGAGAAAAGACACAUUUUGCUUGAGAUCAGUGUCACUACAGUUGUUGACAGAGCAGUUAUAAGAGGAUUAGGGUGAUUAAAACCAGCUUCAAACUCUGCACAAAACUCCCAUGGUAGCUUUAGGUACAGGUAGAUUUUCACAUCAAGGUUUCAGUUUGUGUAAUGGAAAUGAGGAUCAUGUUGAUUUGUGUGCAGGAGUAGGAAAAAUACUUUUGAUAACUAAAGGCCAGUAUCUAACACUAAUACCAGUCAUAUUGCAUUAAGUUUUAUAUUUUUUGAAUAAUGUAUAGAAAAACCAUUUUUCACUUGCGGUGAUUAAAGGCAUAGUCACCCUUUGUGUCAAGGGAUGCGUGAGGGAGGUGGUGAUUUAAAACAAAACCAGUAAAAUACUGUGCAAUAUAAAAUAAAAUACACAGUCUUUAUGUAAUUCCCUGUAAAUUAUUGUAUGUGAAACUACAAAUCAUCUCCUGUUGUGAACACUGUAAAUGACUUGUAGUGAAUCCUUGUGUUGCAUGUCACUUCAUGGACAGUACUUGAUGACAGAACACUUGUCUGACCUGCCUUUAGUGUUUUCUUGUGUGACUGGACCUCCACCACGGCACAGUGAUAACCACACAAUUAAGUUAAAAGCCUCUUGAACAAUUAACCGCAACUAAACAGAUCAUGAUUUCACGAUUUAACAAAGUAAAUAAUUUCCUAGACAUCCAUCUUGUAGACUUGUAUGUAUUUAUAUUGUGUAACAUUGUACUCUUCAUGCUCUGAUUAUGUGAAAAGUAUCAUUAAUGUGCCAUAAUGUCAACCUACAGUGAACACUGGAAUUCUACUGUAGCACUUUAAAAUGGGCGACGUAAAAAUACUGACACCAAUAAAAUUCAUUAUUUCCACAAACUACCUUUGUCAAAAUGAAAGUUCAAGUUGAUUUUUAAUUAAAAGUAACACCAGGUUAAUUGACAGCAUAAGCUCUUUAUUAGAAAAGUGACUUUAAAAAAGGCUGUCAACUGACAAGCUAACAAUUGUUUUCAUUCUGUUUUGCUCACAUUGUAGGGUUAGCAUAAAAAGGUCAGAAGAAUGGUAACAGAGUAAAACCUCCACAUGUAGUUUGUAUUUGUAAAUCUGCAAAUUGUAAAUUAUUUGGCAAGAAUUUUCUAAAUUAGAGUUGAGCAAUAAAAUGAAAACGUACCUACAGGGGUCGAACAACCUGAUCCUGUUCCUAUCCUGUCAGUAUGUUCAUUAAAAUCUGUCCCUUUAGAGUGUACCACCAUUAUUCAGUCACGUUUCCACCUCUGUUCUACAACUUCAUUUUCCAAACAAAGCAGCAUUAAUGGUUUAGUGUAGUUAAAAUAUGAUCGUCCAGCUGAUCAUAUAAUGCAAACUUCUAGCUGUCAUAGAACGCUCAUUUUACAAUAAUGCUAAA